AAAUCUUGCCGCACCCAUUCAAGCCCAGCGCCGUGCCGCACCGCUGUCACAAUGGGACUUCUCGCAGAGUCCAAAAGUCGGGGCAAGAUCAACAAGGACCCCAACAACACAAAAUGGACCCGCGACACGACAACUUUCGGCCAGAAGAUGCUACGAGCGCACGGCUGGCAGCCCGGCGAGUUUCUGGGAGCCAAGGACGCAGCGCACUCUACCCUGCACACCGCAGCAAACGCCUCGUACAUCCGCGUUUCGGUCAAGGACGACGUUAAAGGCUUGGGAUGGAACAAGGCCAAGGAAGACGAGGUGACGGGGCUGGACGUCUUCUCAGACUUGCUGAGCCGCCUGAAUGGCAAGUCAGAAGAGUCUCUCGAGGGCGAGAGGCAGGCGCGCUUGGUCAUGAAGAUGAACCAGUACGUCGAGCAAAAGUAUGGACCGAUGCGAUUCGUCCAAGGCGGGUUCCUGAUUGGCGAUUCCAUGAAGGAGUUGAUGGAGAAUGAUACGGCCGCCGAGGAGACCCCGAAUUCGACGAAGAAGGAAAAGAAGAGCAAGAAGCGGAAGGCCUCUGACGUCGAGGACGCCGACGAGGACAAUGAGAGCGAGACCAAGAAGGAGAAGCGGCGCCGAAAGGAAGAGAAGCGGGCGAAGAAAGCCGCAGCCGAGUCGACAACCGACAACGGCGACGACAGCGCUCGAGCGGACGAGAAGAAAAAGAAGAAGUCCAAAAAGGCGGAUAUUCCCAACGAAACGGACGAGGCCAAGAUAGACAAGCGCAAGUCCAACUCCAAGGACAAGAAGUCGUCAACAGAGGAGAGCGAGGCCGACGAGCCCAAGAAGUCAAGGAAGAGUAAGAAGGACAAGAGGGAGAAGAAGGAGAAAAAGAAGCGGAAGAAGGCUGAGACCGACGAAUCUUCCGAGGGGAGUGCAGACGACUCGGCUGUGCCGACAGGUGUUUCAACGCCCUCGGGAAGCGGCACAGGCACGUCCACGCCGAGAGGAACCCGCAACUUUGUCCGGUCUAGAUUUAUCGCAGCCAAGAGGCAGGCGAUGUUGGAUACUAAGGCUCUGAACCAGAUCUUCAUGGUCAAGACAUAGACGCAUGGGAACAGCGCUUACACAUAUAGAAUCUCGGGCAUUGAUUUAGCGAAUUCAGGGAAAGGCGUUGCGCUGGCUAGCGUGGUUGUUGUCUUGUCCGACUGGCGAGCUGCCAUGGCCUUCGUGGGUAUUCAAGCGGACAGUAGAUCUCUCAAGAUAGAGUAAUUAAAGUCGAAUAACUGUC